GCUUCUUGUUGAGCAACAGCAGCAACAGCACCACUGAUGCCCGCCGCCCGCUACUGCCGCUACCCUCGACCGACUUCACCAACUUCACUCCGUUGACUCGCCUCGCUCCGUUGACUUGAGUCUGUUCUUGGCAGUCAAGAGGUAGUGCAAAUUGGUUAUAGGUAUUCUGUGGUUGUGCGCGACGAACAAUCGCAUAGGUGUUCUCUGCCAUCACGUUUUGUGUUGUGGUAACGGCGUGGACGUUCGCAAAAAUGACAAGUUCGACUCAACGACACAUCAAACCAUCCUUGGACGACUUACCUAAACGCUUUGUGGUGGCCAUGAAGACUUUAUUUGAUAUUAUGGAUGAUCAGAAGGCUGGUCACAUUAAUCUCAAGGAUAUAGAGGCACGGUGGGCAAGUGGUCGCGAUGACAGUACAUCUUCGGUUGUUCCUAACGGCGUAAUCGAGUCCCUGCAGAAGGUCACUCCGCCGAAUGGUCAGCUGACGUUCGAGCGCUUUUGUGCUGGGUUAAAAAUAUGCUUGCUCCGUCAUCGGGUGUCGAACCACCGCCAACCUGCCCAGCAGGGCGUUCUGCAAAGACAUCGCAGCGUCAUGCCGCCCGCACCGCCGCAACCUCUAGGUCAGGUCGCCGAACCAAGGGGACGGCCUUCGUCCGUGCCGCUCCCUGACCGUGUCGAAAGGUCAAACGGGCAAGGAAAUGGCCUUUCAAAGCCUUCGGCCAAGGUUUACGGUGGCUCGGACCGGUCCCUUAAUAGGUUGUCGGCAGUUCGGCCGCCUUCCAACACGGCGACGGUACGGCCCAGUGUUGUGGCCUCGCAGCAGCGAUCCGUAAGUGUGCCGCACCUCCAAAACACGACGGGCGCCGAGCAGCCCAGGAUGUCAAGCGAUCCGCGUCGGGCUCCCACGAACGCUCGGGAGCUGCCGAGCAAGCUCAGGGGCUAUCGCAGUGACAACAGGCUGCACCACGGACCCCAGCAAGCUUCGGCGGAGCCCUCGGGGAUAUUGAGAUUCAGCCGGGUGCGCAGCAAAACUCCCGAUCCGAGUUCCGAGCUGGCCAAGAGUCAACCAACGCAGGCCCACAGACGCAAUCCGGAUGCACAGAAGGAGAACAAAAACCCUGAGCAGGGCACUGACGACAACGCGAGCUCAAGCAAAGCGAAAAGUGUUCUGCCAGCUGCACCAGCUCACACAGCAGCACCAGAGCGAAAGUUCCCGAAGAAGAAAGAACCGCGUAGGCAUACACUUGGUCACGGCAUAGAGUAUAACAUGCUGCGGCGUAUGAAGCAACUAGAGCAUGAAAAGGAUGCACUCCAACAAGGUUUGCAGGCCAUAGAGCGAGCUAGAGAGUGGUACCAGCAGCGCAUCAGUGCUGUUCAGGAAAAAAUGCAGCAAGCUGGAAAGUGUCAUACAACACCAGAGUAUUCCAUGGAUGCCCAAGAUGAAAGACUGAGAUUCCAACUGGCAAGAAUCUUGGAUGCUAACCAGCACCUUAAUGCAUUGAUUGAUAGUUCAGACAAGGGCUUCCCAACGCACAUGAACUUGGCUGUCCAGCCGCCACCCUAUGACGUUCAUCAAAACUCCAUAGUUCAGCGGCUGAAGGAGCAAAACCAUCUCUUAACUGAGGAAGUGAGCCAAAAAAGUGAGGUGAUUGCACAGCUGGAAAGAGAGAAAGCAACGCUGAUACGAGAGCUGUUCCAGGCUCGAUCGCAGCACAGGGCUGCUGUUGACGAAACGACUCUCAUGUGAAUGCACAUCUUUCGCUUUACCUGCUCACUUCGAAAGGCUGUUUGCCGUGAGUCCCCCUCUUGCGAAAGGGCAGAGAGGCGUAAACAGUUGCGUGGGACCUACUGUGCAGUAACCCUGCAAAUGUCGACAACAGGGUGACAGCAAGGAUUUCAUUACAAACGGACGAAUCUUUUGCUCUUGUCACUGAAGUUCUGCUGAACGUCACUACCUGGACGCGGGUUUGCUUUAGACUUGGAUGUACUAGAACUGGUCGGAUAGCAGUGGAGAGUAUUAACUUUUACAGCAGCCAGACAUUAAGCCACUGCCAUCAGAAUCGCAUCUUUGUGGGCAGCAUACACAGUGCACUUUCACAUUCUUUGCCCUAAAGCUGAACGACAUUUCUUUAUCCCCGUGUAACAGGGGUGUUUGCAGCCUCUACUUGUCAUAUUGAGUCCACCUUUGGCACUGUUGCUUUUCAGGUUACAGUGUGUUGGUUUGCCAGGUAGGAUAACAAAAUAUAUCGCUGAGCAUGCCAGCAUUUACCGCAGAUUGUUCUGUACCAGCAGAUCAAAAGCUUUUCCAGCUCCCAUGAUGUUGACACCACUGUGCUAUUCGAUAAGGCGCUGACGUUUUGCUCAUGCUAUGUGCGUGCCCGCUGCAGAUCUUGUGAUUACCUCCUGGUGUGAGCACACUGCAAGGAGACCUGCAGCACCGAUGCAGGUGUUUCUUUGUUUUCCCCUGUCCUCUCAUCAUUUGCAAACAAUGCUCAGUCCAGCUUGGCCGCAGCACGUGCAAUACCUGCAAUACUUGACCAGUCAUGAGAGGCUGUACUGUACUACUUUAUUUUUGUUUGCUGGUGCUCAUGUGAAUGUGCUCCACUCUCCCCUUUAUAGAUAGAUGACUGAAAGUGAUCGAUAUUCCACGUGAUCCACUUGUGUCUGCUAAAUAUGAAGAAAUAUCCUGAUGAACCAAAAUGAGAGAGAGGGCAAACAGUGGUGUUGCAACGACCCCUUUAAAGGAAAACUAAGAAUACUUGAAGAAGUGUCACUAAUAUGAAACUUCAUUGAGUUGUUUUUUUCUGCUGCAGUGAGUUGCCGUUUAGCAAGUGAUUGUGGUAUGGAACCUUGUUUACUUCAGCACACUAGGAAUGACCAAUUGUGGCCUUCUUUACUAUGACCAUUCUAUCUUUCAAUGUAAAAAGAAGACACAACAAGUGCCACAGAUGUUUACAGACUGCCUGGUAAGCACAGCAAGGUUGCAAAAUGGCAUAACAAAGCACUGACAAGCAUCAUGGGACCCAUCCACACUGUGCUGCAGAAAGCACGGGAAGGAAACCGUGAAUAAGCUUGUCAUGAAGCUUGAAGGGACUGUCCAUCGUUUUUCAAGGAUUUGCUACUUCGUAACUCAAUUGAAAGCCCGCUAUUCGAAGUGUCUAAAAGGGCAGUAGUUUCUUUGGAAAGCAAGUAGAAAUUUUCAAAACAGAUUUUUUCUAUCUGCAUAGGCUCCUUGAAACUGUGUACUUACACCCACAGGACUGAAUACUUAUCGCGAUGGAAUAGCUAUGCCGGUAAAAGUGAGGAACUGGAAGCAUAUGGGGUUUCCAUAAGAAUGACUACUUUGUGUUAAACACUAAAAUAAUGACCUUAAAGGGACCCUGAAACAAUUUUUAUUGAAUUUGAGAAAUGCAUUGGAAGUUUAACUAUACUAUUUCAGAAAUACCUUGCAGCAGAAAGUACUUCAAUGCUAGAGCUGAAAUUCAGGCUACAGUGUAGACCACUUAUAACGUAAGUCGCCGGAGUCACGAAUAUCCGCACUAUAAGCGGUACCGCACUAUAAACAAAACAACUGUUUUAUUGCGAUAAUGGACACUGCAGGCGCAUUUCUGCCAUCGCUGUCACCGUGCUUAGGUUCCGUAUUCACUUACUAAAUAAAUUAACAAGCACGGUGUCACGCACGCACAAGCAACAUGAACACAUCUCGCUCGUUGACUGCGGAAACGAACUGUCAAAACACUCGAGUGACGAAACGCGGCGAGCGAAUUGACCUUCGUGCUAUAAUGCCUCUCGCUUCAACGCGACCUAUAAGUGGCGAAAACACGGCACGCGGCGGCCUUUCCCCGUUGCAGAUUGCUUUCAAGAUAGGGCCAAGGCGAUCGUAUCGCCGAAGUGGGUCGUCGCAGAUUACGUCCUGCUUCGGUCCACUGAAACCGUUCUGCAUUGCUUUGCUGGCGAAAAUCCUCUACUGUUCCCGAACGCAAGUUUCGGAUUCUCAGAACGCCCGUGAUGCAGCUUGAUUUCCGUCCGUCUCCGCACACGUGAUCACUUUCCUUUUAAAUGCGGCAUCAUGAUCAACUCAGUACUUCAUGCUGAUAGAGCAGACAUAAAGACAGACGGUAGACGAUUGCCUCGGCACGUGUACUACAGCACAUGGAGGAAGCUACGGUAGCUAGGCUCGAGAGUAGCUAGGCUCGACGUGCGUGCAAGGGGGCCAUUUUGAAAUGCCGAUGGCUAUAUGGUAACGCAGAUUUAAGGUCAUGCUCGAUUCUAACGUGCACACAAUUUUUUUACCUGUUUUAUCAGAAAAAAGUGCGCAUUAGAUUGGAGUAAAUACAGUAUUUGUGGCUUGGAGGGGAGCGUUUGGCGUCUAGGUUGACUGCCGAACUUCCAGGCAGCCGCACUGUAACCGGUAUUUCGUGUCCUGCAACUGCACUAUAACCGAUACGCGUAUACAUAGAGUGCUAUGGGAAAAUUAAUGGGAGUCUGAAAAGACCGUAUUAUAUCCGGUUCUGCACUAUAAGCGGUUACAUUAUAAGUGGUCUAUACUGUAGUUGGUAAUUCAUAAUCGUGAAAUAACAGCACGUGAAGAAACAAGGGACAAACAUAGAAGAGACAUUCAACUUCAAGCCCAAACCGCAUGAGAGCGAUUUUGUGCGCGACAGCGACAAGCGACGGCUUAGAGCAACGAAACUGGCCGUCGCGCGAACAGAUAGCUCGUUUUUGAGCUCGAUCGCUCGGUUCUGGAAAUCUAGAAUUCGUCACUCGGUCGCCCGGAAGUGCUAUAAGCGACUAGCCAACAGCGUGAAGCCGGAACAGGAUGUACAUCAGUCAAGCACUACCGAUUGUCGCACAGAACAAGCGAUCGACUUAAUUUUGAUACGUGCAAGGAUAAGAACCUAGUGCAAGACCUUUAGAAAUAUUUGUGCUGCUCUUUGCAGUAAAACACAUCAACCUAAUUAAUAACGCACACGUCAUGCCAAUUUCAGCGCAUAUUUGCUGUCCUCAUACCAGGCAACACUGGGGAGACGUCGCUCAAUGUCGUCGCUCGUAUGCGGUACGACUUGUAGGUAACGAGCAAACGCAGCAGCCAUCUCCCUUGCGUCGCUUGUCACUGUCGCGCGCAAGUUCGCUUGCAUGCAGGUUUAUACUUCAGUGCUUUCAGCAAAAGCAGAGUUAUUGGCAAUCAAAGAACGCCUGUGAUCACCUUCACAGUGCUCCUGCUCCUUUUUCAAUGCCGUGCACUGUGAAGGCUAUGGCGGAGUGGGGUGUGCCCACAGUUUAAUUCCUACACAGGUGGCCGCGGCCGAGCAUGAGCAGACUAUAUAGUCGGCUUCUUCCGGAAGUGCGUAACUCUUAUCAAAAUUUGAAAGCAGGUUAUUGCUUACUUCAGCCUGUUUAUUAAACUGAGGCAAUAAAUAUACACCGUAACAGUAGGAAGAAGCAGACAGAUCGAAACACCUUUCUUGAUUGAUGUCAGCUAUUGGCCAAAAGCAGCCGCAUAUGGGAAUCUGCUGUAUGACAAAAUAUGGCAGCAGCCGGCAGCUUCUUGAACACCUAUAAUCUUGCAUGUUUCCUACAGACGCAGUCUGCGUAGUCUGUAGCUUUCUGUUGGCGCUGCUGCCGAAAUCAAAGCCUUUUAUGCGACAAUCUAGCAGGCACAUUGUGGUAAAGAAUGCCUACUUGGGGGUGUGACAAUGCCAGCAUGCCAAAGCACACAGCUUUACAACAUCCUGAAUACGACAGCGACCCUCGCACCACUUCUACAACGCGACACGCAGUGAGCGCUGUCACCAUGUCAAGAGGGCACACUUGAGCACCCAUUGAUGCACCACUUCCGUUCAUCUGCGCGAAGGCCGUGCUGCUUUUCAACAUGCUGUAACUGUAAAUCUGAAAAAAAUGAUACUGCACAAUGCAAAAGAAGUUAGUGGAAGUACAUGAAAUGCAAUUAUAAGUAAUGCAUCAAUGUAUCUAAGCAAAAUAACUGUCCCUGCAUGGGUUUUUAGAUGGUACACAGAUUCAUUUACACUGUUCACUGUCAAGCGAUGCCACAGGUCAUUUUGCACCACUUUCAGACUCCAGUUAAAUAUAUUCCUUGUUUAUGGAAUAAAAACAUGCUUGUUUCCUUGAAUGUGACACACAAUCUUCUUAUUCCCACCAUAAUGCAAAGACAUGUUCUGAGCAGUGGACAUUCCCUUUAAACAUGUCAAGCCACCUCUUGUGCCGUCAAAACAUUUCCCACAUUGCAACUCAGUCAAGUUCCUUCUCAUUCAGCGUGUGUUAGGCACGGUUACCACAAGCUACCAUGAGAGAGAUCAUAGGAUGAUCAAUAUGUUCAAAGCAACAGUGCAGAUUUAACUAAAGGAUGGCUCUUUGGCCCGAGUGGGUUGGAGGUGUAAAACUAGUUUUGAGAUGAGGGUCAUGCCAACUAGCAUGCCGCCCCUUUUUCUGCAUGUACAAGCAGCCAAAUACUUAGCUAGGCCACACAACCGCUAACUUUUCUGUAGGCCAUCACCUUAUCACAGAGAGAAUUUGCAAGACGGUUGAUGUUGAUGAUCAUGCAGGGGCUGUUGCAUAUAGUGGACACAGUACCCCAGCUUCCUACAAUUUAUAACUGUUACUGUAAAUCUGUUCUCCAAAGGGUGUCACCACUGGUACUAAUUUGGCACUCAUGCUCACACAAGCAGUCUCUGCUUCUUGGCAGCCUGCAACAUUGCUUUACAAUCUAUGUUUACGGUGUCUCUGUUCCUUUAUUCUAUAAACAGGCUGCAAUUCCACGUUUACGGGAAACUCAUUUGGUCAAAGUAAUCUCGGCAAAAUGACCUACUUCAAAUGACAAUGUUGCAAAUUGUUACCAAGUCUGAUUUUUCAAGUCACUCUGUUAGCCAGUGACACAGUCACAAGUGAUGAAGCGUCCUGCUGUUCAGCAUGGUUAUACAACCGCUGCAUUGCAUGCACGUACAGUCGGCAGUCAGUAGUGAAGGUAACUAAUUGAUGCUUCAGCAGUUUCCUCCCUCUGCUGUGCUUCGUAUGCCGACAAGCAUGUUACAUGCCCAGUGUAAUGCCAGCAAUAUGUUAUCAUCAUGGUGGUGUUUAUUAUGCAUAUCAUAUAGACUAUUGUGAAGUUUACCUAAAUGGGGGGGGAUGCAUGGCAAAAAUGUAUUAAACUAUCCCUUGCCUGCUUCCUACUCAGUGAUCGAGCCAGUUCUUGCGUGCCACAUUUGCAGCCAUUGCUGCAUCAACUGAAAGUUGCUCAGGGUAAUUUUUCUGUAUUUGUCACUGUACUUUUAUCUUUUUGCUUGUUAUACCACUGCCAUCCGUGCCACAUAGGGUAAAUUUAGCAAGAUUCCACAAUAAACAACAUUUGUAACAAAGCAUGUAACUAGGUUCUGCACUUUGUCGCACAUGUUGCUUCUUCAAAAGCUGACCAACUUUGUGCACAUUCACAAACUAUGUGCACACUGUUGGUGUUUAUUGCCAGAUAACAUGAUAGCAACAUUUGCAAGUGCACCCACUGGCAUUGUCUUGAGUGGCACACAUUUCCUUCCUUGUCAGCAGCAUCAAGGAGGGUCCUGCAUUUUAUUACUCAAGAAGUUAUCUUUCAGUUUUGUGUGUGAUAAUUAAAGAGCUACAGGUUACAUGCUUUGCACUGAAUUUCACCAUCGCUUAGCAGAGAGCACUUGGAUAGUGCAGAGAGUAUUCUUUGAAAUGACACUAUACCUCAAUGCAUAUAAAUGCCUUACACACUCAUCUCAUGACUAAAUUACAUAUGCUAGUGCAAAAGCAUACCUGCCAAGUCUCCCGGAUUACCCGGGAGACUUCCGGAUUUGGACCAUUUCUUCCGGUUGUACGGUUGACAAAAAAAUCUCCCAAAAUUGCUGUUGUGUCCUGUUUCCGAGUCUAGCGCUUUGUCAGGCCACAUUGGCAAAAAAAAAAUCCAACCCAAUCUAAUCCAGUUAGAGGUUCACCGCGCAAAAUUAAAAAAGUAGUGGGGAAACCCUAUACAUGCGCUUUUUCAUUAACCGUAGAGCCGCUCCUUAUGCUGACGAGGUUGUUGGGUGCCCAAGUGGUCCUAGUCUCAUUAAGCUAGCCAGCGAAUGCCGCCAUCCGCAGCUGGCAACACUAGACUCUCCAUCAUUCUCCUCGGCAUCAGUCACUUUGGCAUUGCAUAGGCCUACGGUCAGGCAUGGCUUUAACAGCAAGGAGCGCUAGCGCAAAAAGUAUCUUCAAGUAUUUUUAAUGUAGUGCUCAGCCGAAGUGACGCUGGGUAUUUUUUUGAUACGAGAGAGCAAGGCUGAGUGCGAACGGCAAUUUAACAUCGUGAAAAAUACGAGGACGCAGUGCCGCUCGUUCAAGUCGCUGGGAAACGUCAACCUCGCAAAAUGUGAAAGAAAUGGAAUUUCUUACAAUCAAUCAUUAUCUGAAUAAUUUUUCAACACCUGCUGUGGUUGCUUAGUGGCUUUGGCAUUGCACUGCUAAGCACGAGCUUGCGGGAUCAAAUCUCGGCCGUGGCGGCGAAAUGCAAAAGCGCCUGUGUGCCGUCCAUUCGGUGCACGUUAAAGAACCCCAGGUGGUCGAAAUUAAUCCGGAGUCCCCCACUACGGCAUGCCUCAUAAUCAGAUGGUGGUUGUGGGACGUAAGACCCGAGAAUUAAAGUUUUAAAGAAUUUUUGAAGGCAAAAUUAGCAACAAUGAAAUGCUUGCAACAAUGAGACCUUGAUGUUCAUGUGGUCAUUAGUAUAUCUGUAAUUAAAAUUGUAAUAAAGUUCAUCUAGGAGUACUUGAAGAUAUCGACAUUGGGGGGGGGGGGUGCUACGGGCGACGGGCGUACCCCCCCCCCCUCAGUCGGAAGAUCUCCGAGAUUUUCUCCGAACUUGGCAGGUAUGCAAAAGUUUUGUGCACUUUUAUCUGUGCUUCAGUAACAGCAUUCCAUUCAUUGAGGUGGUUGACAUCAUUUUGUUAAUGGCGGCUUCCUUUCACGCUCUGUCCUGCCCUUUUCUUGCUGUGUUUCCAUUAUAAUGCAACUAGGAAGUUCUUUCCAUAUUGCCUCUCUAAACCGUCUAUCAGACAGGCUAAAACGCAUCUUAGGAAAGAACCCAAUUCAGCACAAACAUCUUGCAUGGAAUUCAUUCUACAAAUUAAUAAUGGUGCCUGUAUAAUGCAAUAUCCAUGCUCUAUUAGUAUGUAUGCAUUAUCUUUGAGGCACAGUUAUGUGUACAUUGUUGUUAAUAUACUGUUAAAUUAUUUUCUGGUUCUUAAAGGGGACACUAAAGGAAAAUACUAAAUCAGUUGAAACUGGUUAAAGAUCCUCUGAAAACUAUGUUUUCAUUCAUUUGAUGAGAAAGGGUUGAUUACUGGUGCAGGAAAUGAAGGCCAAACUGCCCCUUGCUUGAAUUUUGCACCACAGCCUUGCAGCCGAAACAUCACUGUGAUGCUAUGGAAUUCAAAAGUGUUUUCUUGUAUAUUUAGGCCGCUUUAGCAAAGGAAAAGUUCUCAAAACUUGCUAGGUUGGGUUUUCUGUUAAAUUGGAAUGAAAUGCAGUCCCUCGUUAAUAACAAUGCUUUACUAAUAAACCCACGUCGACACUGUCAAAUUCCAUGACAUUGUGGUGAGCUGGUGCAAGAACAUAACGGCAGGGUUGCCGCUUGUCUUUCGUGUUUGCGUCUUUUCUGGCCUUACCAAGAGCCUCCUAUUAUGGUAAAGGCGGCUGUUCUUUUAUUGCUGAAGCGCAGUUUACUAGUGCAGCUCAUUAAUACUCGUCUUUAGUGUCCCUUUUAUCCCUUCUAUCAUUGAUGCUCUGAAAUGUUAUGCUAUUUACGUGCCGCUCAUUUUUUAAAGAGAAACGAGUACAAUUUGUGAGAGAACUGACAUUCAUGAAUGAAUAAGUGCCAAUUGCUUCUUUUUUACUGUGCACGAAAGAUGCACAUUCAUGUCUACAGGUACAAUUUGCUGUUGCGUGAUUAUUCGUUUUGCAGUGAAGUUUUUCAGCCAAAUCAAAAGUGUAAAUGGUGUACGUUUAACUUAGGGGUUUAUGUUACGCAGGAAGAAAAUGCCGUUCUUAUGCAAAUGUUUAAUCAGCGCUAAGUUGUACACUCAACCUUGACUUGUUCUAAUGGCUGCCAUUGUUAUUUGCUUGUUGGGGUGCCUCAACGCUCGUGCCUUAUUCCUCCUUUCGUCUACACCAUCAGUGCUUUAACUUAAUGUCAACUCGAACUGUUAGUUGGAUAUCACCUGUAUGACAACGCUAUUGAGAAUGCAGUCACAGUGCAGUAUUACUCAGAACCAUUCCAUUGUUUGACUUGCAUGUACAAUUCAGGAAAAUAACUUUCCUUUGGUACUUAUUUUGUUAUGACUGGCUCUGAAUAUCUGAAUCGGAAAACUUGUUUAUGAGUGUUCCACCCAAGCCAAUUGUGAAAUGAAUGUUUUCUGUACUCGUGGUUAUAGUGUAUGUGUAUUGUGAUGAAACGACCAGUUUAUAUGAAAUAAGCAGUUUAUAUGAGAUCCUGCCAUUUUACACAGGUGUUCCUUACAUAAAGUUCUUACACACUAUUGCUAUAUUUUAAUGUUGCUUUGCUGGAAAAAUUAAUAUUUUGUUGUAUAUGUACAUAUAAGAAAUUUUUUACCAUGUGUAUCUUGAAUACUGUAAUACAUAUUUUGAAUAAAUGUAACAGUAUUGAAGCCUUUUAAUGGCGAAUAAAUAUAUAUAAAUAU